CAGCUCGUCUCCCGCUUUCCCAAAACAAGCAUGGCUUCCAGUGGAGCGGAGCUCAGGCGCCGAGGGAAGUGGGGGGCGGCGGGGGAAAUCGGCGGGGGAGAUGCUCCCGAAGCACAAAAGCCUUGCAGCCCUUCUAUUCCUGACUUGCAGCCCGGAACUUUUUGGCUCACGCGCCUGGUGCUCUUGCGCAGCACCGCCUUCAUUUACUGCGUGGCCUUUCUGGUGGCCUACCACCAAAACAAGGCCCUCAUUGGCGACAGAGGCCUCCUGCCUUGCAAGCUCUACUUGGAGGACGUCAAGCGCUACGCCAAGGGCAAGGUCAACCUGGACGCCUUGAGUUACGCCCCGACCGUCUUCUGGUUCUUAGACUGGUCAAACAUGGACGCUGCCCUGGAUGGCGUGGCUUUGGGCGGCUUGGCCCUUUCGGCUUUCGUCUUGAUCACCGCUUGCGCCAACAUGGUCCUCAUGGCCACCCUGUGGACACUCUACCUCUCGCUGGUCAACGUGGGGCAGAUCUGGUAUUCCUUUGGAUGGGAAUCCCAGCUUCUGGAAACAGGCUUUUUGGGAAUAUUCCUCUGCCCUUUAUGGACACUUUCCCGCUUGCCGAAAAACACGCCUCCUUCCCGCAUCAUCAUCUGGGCCUAUCGGUGGCUGAUUUUCAGGAUCAUGCUUGGAGCGGGCUUGAUCAAAAUCCGAGGCGACCGCUGCUGGAGAGCUCUGACCUGCAUGAACUACCAUUACGAGACCCAACCUGUGCCCAACCCCAUCGCCUACUACAUGCACCGCUCUCCGGAGGGUUUCCACCAGUUUGAGACGCUCUUCAACCACGUUAUUGAACUGGCCGUGCCCUUCUUGCUGUUCCUGGGUCGGCGCUUGUGCAUCCUUCACGGCUUGCUGCAAAUUCUCUUCCAGGUGCUCCUCAUCAUCAGCGGCAACCUGAGCUUCCUGAACUGGUUGACCAUCGUGCCCAGCAUCGCCUGCUUCGAUGACGCCUCUUUGGCCUUCCUGUUCAGCUCCAAGGAGAAAGGCACCAAAGCCCAAGUCCUGGAGAUUCAAGCCAAUGAAGCUGCAAGGAAAACGUCUCCUCUACCGUAUGGUUGCUACAUCCGGAGGGGACUGAACAUCUCCUUCGGGCUGUUGAUUGCCUUCCUCAGCGUCCCGGUGGUGGUCAACUUGCUGAGCUCCAAACAAGUCAUGAACACGUCCUUCAACCCGCUCCAGAUAGUCAACACUUACGGGGCCUUUGGGAGCGUCACUAAAGAAAGGACGGAGGUUAUCCUUCAAGGGACGUCCAGUUUGGAUCCCAACGACCCCAAUGCCGUUUGGGAAGAGUAUGAGUUCAAGUGCAAACCUGGAGACGUGCGCCGGAAGCCCUGCCUGGUCAGCCCUUACCACUAUCGCCUGGAUUGGCUGAUGUGGUUUGCUGCCUUCCAGACCUACGAACAGAACGAAUGGAUAAUUCAUUUAGCCGCGAAGCUUCUGGCCGACGAUAAAGAAGUCCUGUCUUUAAUGGCAACCAACCCGUUCGAAGGGAAAGGGCCACCAAGGUGGGUCCGAGGCGAGCAUUUCAGGUACAAGUUCAGCCGGCCGGGAGGGACGCACGCCGCAGACGGAAAGUGGUGGAUCCGGAAGAGGAUCGGGCCCUAUUUCCCGCCACUCAACCUGGAAGGGCUGAGGAAGUUCUUGAAGGCUCGAAACUGGCCACUCCCAAAGCAGAGCCUAAAACAAACCUGAUACAGUCCCAAAUCAUAUCCAAGGCCCAUUGGCUGCCUUGGACCCUGUUCCGUCAAUUCAGUUAUGUUUUUUACAUUAAAGUGCAUUUGGGAAGUUGUAUGUGCAAGUUGCAAAUCCGAGAUGCAAACAAGCUUACGGAUGAUCUGAAUAAUAAAAAUUGUAAACAAUA